CACCUUGCCGUAUAAGUCCACGUGAACUCCUUGCGUGCUGACCUCAGGAAACGAGUUAUCCUGUGACCUUCUAAGAUUGUGACUUUUCUGUGUAGAAGAAGCAGGGCAACACUUAGUUGUCUUAGUGUGUGACAGUUCACAGUGCAUUUGUGUUAGCGACUCGUUCGGAUCAGUCAGUGAACCCAGACUUGAUGAUGCCACAAGCGCCAACGCCCGUGGUGCCCACACGCCCACGUCUUGGUUUUUCCAUAGAAUCUCUGGUGGGAUGCGGAGAUGAGAAGAGGGCGUCCGUCUCCCCGCCCGCGCCGGGGCUCACCAAGCUGCCAGACACCCUUCCGCACCAGCAGGUUCUGCGGGAGGCCGGUCUCAACCUUCCCCGGGAUUUCCUCCUGGCCAGGGAGCAACACCUCCGGGACCAGCUGCGGGAUCAGUUGCUCAAGGAACAGCUUCUCCGCGUCCAGCAAGCCAGAGACAACAGACUCGAGCACCCCCACACUUCUCCCUUGACAUCUCCCACUCAGCGCACUCUCUCGCCCAUCUCCCACGCCGAGGACGACAAGAAGGCCACUCCGCCGCCCACAAGUCCCGCGUCUCUCCCUCCACCGAACUUCCCCGGGUCCGGCAUGCACCCGCCACAGCUGCUCCCCCUCGGAGGCUACGCCAUGCACCCACACGUCUCGUCGCCCCUCAUGCACCACCCCCUCCUCGCACAGGGCCAAGUGCCACAGCUGGGUACGCCGCUGCCACCUGCCCCUGGACCUCGUGAUUACCCACUCUACCCUUGGCUGCUGAGUCGUCACGGCAGAAUCUUCCCUCCAGGUUUCCCCGGCGGCCACGAUUUCCCAACAUUCCUCCUGCCCUUCCGGAAGCCCAAGAGGAUCCGGACGGCGUUCAGCCCGAGCCAGCUCCUCAAGCUCGAGCAAGCCUUCGAGAAGAACCAGUACGUGGUGGGCGCCGAGAGGAAGCAGCUCGCCCAGGCCCUCAAUCUCUCUGAAACUCAGGUCAAAGUGUGGUUCCAAAACCGAAGGACGAAACACAAGAGGCAACAGCAAGAAGAUGAAACCGGAGAAGGAGGAGAGAACAAGGGGGAUAAUAAACAGAGCGAAGAGGAAGGUCUCGUCCUCGAACACGAAGAAGACGAGGAACUCGACGUCGAGAACGAAGCCGAAGGUCAUUAAGUGAUUCGCAGUCUUCAAGAGUUACCACCUCGAUGUUCCCCCGUGACACCGACCGGGGGAGGAACUAGGCCUCGUCCGCCAGACCCCCGGGUGUCCCAUGGCGGGUCCUACAUCUCAGUGAUAGUCAGCUCCUCCUACAGGCGUCUUCCUCAGUCACUCAAGACACAAGCCUCUGGAGAGUCCAUAGGAUCCUCGAGCCUCCUCCUUCGUCCGUCCCAUGCCAGGACUCCCGCCGGCCGCGGCUCCCUCCGAGGAAGGAAGCGAGGGGGCCCGGGUCCUCCGCGUGUACAUGAUUGAUGAUAUUCUAUGUAUGAAGUACAAUGAUUGAGUGUUAAUAUUAUAUAGUUUUCUUUUAUAUAUUUUUUUCCGAACUUUCACUUCAAAAUUUUUACAUGUAGUCGGUUUAAUUCCAAGAUUAUGUGAAAAAAAUUGAUAUCAAUAAUUAGGAAAGAAUCACUUCAGGAUCAUAUUGAUCUUGAAACUUUCACGUUUUUCACUAUUUCAAAAACAACCCAUUUAGGUUAGUGACCACUGACUUGUUUCUCUCUGUUAAUUUUCAAGUGUUCACUGUUUUGAAGUUUUUGAUUUACUUUGAUAUAUUGCUCUUGCUGUUAAAGCUUUUUAAAACGCCCCGACGGCCCUCCUAAAGUUCCUAUAUGUGCCAUAAUCUGUAAAUACUUGUAUAUAAUACAGAUUAAUUUAUAUGUAUAUAAAGUAUGUAAAAUUUAUUUGUUUUGUAUAGUCAUGCUGAAUUCUUUGUGCCAGUAUCGUGGAAAUAAUUUGGAAUUUUUUUCCUAUUUAUGCUCUACAAUAAACUGUUUGUCUGAAA